AUGGCACCCCAUUUUUUCAACAAACUUUUCAAGCGCAAAAAGAAAGGGCCGGAAGAGCCCAGGUUUACAUUGCGAGAAUGUUCUCCAAACGCAAUAGGAAUCUGGGAUUCGACCUGUGAGAUCAACGGCGAUAUAUUCAAUCGAUGGAAGCUGCCGAUCCAACCAGAGCAACGCCCUCGCAGCCCUGGAGCUCGACAGAAAAGCUCCCAGCAGCAAAGUCCGCUCUUUCGUCUCCCGGCUGAGAUCAGGAGGCUGAUAUAUCUCGAGCUUAUGGGCGAUCGGCGAGUGCAUAUUCGGUAUUUUUGGAGAAAGCCAUCGCCGGAAGCGCACAGCAAGCCUCGCUGGCACUGGUGGCAUGCUGUUUGUGACCAUUCUGAUGGAUUUAUCGAUGAUCCUUUUGAGGUCUGUUCAAAUUCGGGCCGCGAGGGGUACAUGCACAUCCCGAGGCCCAAAAUUGGCAGCGUGGAGUGGCUGAGAUGUUGUCAAAUCGGAUAUGAAGAAGCAUUGGAAGUUCUUUAUGGGACGAAUGUCUUUGUGAUGAACGAGGCUAUGGACACCCCUUAUCUGAUAUCAAGGAUUUUGGCACCGCGUUGUGCAUCUCUUAUGACAUCUAUGGACAUCUCGUUUGCUGUUGGCUUCUGGGGCCCGGGACAAGCUGAGGAGGACUGGAUGGCAACCUAUUAUGCGUUCUUUGGGUUAGUUGAGAAGAGUUUCCGCGGCGUGCUCCGGCUACGUGUGCUACUUCAAAUGCCGCCCUGUGAGGCUCAAGAGCUUUUCGAUACUCAUGGAAAGGGGGAGGUGUUCCUCGAACCAUGGAAAAAACUCUUGGAAGGUCGGGAGUGGACUCGACUGCAGCUUUGCGUUCCGUUCAAUUGGCACGACUGGUUUCAAGAAAUCAAAGGAUCGAUGUCUGAGCUUGCCAGAUUGGAGCUUGUAUCUACGUCAUGGGCCGACCACUCACUUGCUCUCGCGGAUUUGGCCUGGUCAACAUAA